AAUCCAACAAAGAUCCUCUGCUAUCCAAACGCCAUUAUCCCAAAGGACCAAAAUGCCCUUCCCAAUGAGUGGCGGCAAAGAGCUCUCCCCACUAACGGACGCACAAAAACUGCCCGAAAUGUCGAUUUUGCCCUUCCCGAUUCACUGGCAGUCUCAGGUUUCGUCUACGCCGUCUAUAUCUCUCCCUCCGUUUCGUUACUCUCAAGUGCGUGCAGUGACAACUGACACCUCCAGUCAGAGAUAAAUGGAAAGUGAUCAGAAUCAGCGCAAUAAGGCGGCGCCGCAGCCGCUGAUUCCGCCGCUGCCCAGGGAUCAGAGGGGCUCUCUCGAAGUCUUCAAUCCGACGUCGUUUUCGUCCUCCGCUUCUUCUCCGGCGAAUUCUCGGCAGCCCGUCUUCCGCCAAUCUCACCCGUCCACGUGGCAGGCAUGGUCCGGGAGCCCCACCCCGGAUCCGGAGCCCAAACCCGGGAAACCGAAUGCCGACGGAAUUACGUCGUGGAUGGCCCUCAACGAGGUGGAGGAGUCGCCGGCGCCGGCGACGAGGACUAUAGCGGAGAUAUUCAACGAUCACGAAGCGCAGAAGUCGCCGGCUAAGGGAGCUCCUCCCGGAGAGGCCGGCGCGGCAGCUCAGAGGGCCGCCGAAUGGGGGCUCGUCCUGAAGACUGACCAGGAGACGGGGAAGCCGCAGGGGGUGAAGGUUAGAACCUCCGGCGACGAGCAGCACAAGGCUGCCGCCGGAAAUUCCAGGAGAGACUCCGGCAACUCCAUCCGCAGCUCCGGCGACUACUCCGACGACGGAGCUGGGAAGGAGCGCGGCCUAUUCCCUCGAGUUUCGGAAGAUCUGAAGGACGCACUGUCGACAUUCCAGCAGACUUUCGUGGUGUCCGACGCCACCAAGGCCGACUUCCCAAUCAUGUACGCAAGCGCCGGGUUCUUCAAAAUGACCGGCUACACUUCCCGGGAGGUCGUCGGCCGGAACUGCCGAUUCCUGCAGGGUAAGGACACCGAUCCCGAGGACGUGGCGAGGAUCAGGGAGGCGCUGGAAAACGGCACCAAUUACUGCGGCAGAUUGCUCAACUACAAGAAGGACGGCACCCCCUUCUGGAAUCUUCUCACCAUUGCUCCCAUCAAAGAUGAGACUGGCAAAGUCCUCAAAUACAUUGGCAUGCAGGUUGAAGUGAGCAAACACACUGAAGGAGCUAAGGAGAAAAUGACACGGCCCAACGGCCUUCCCGAGUCGUUGAUCCGCUACGACGCGCGGCAGAAGGAACGGGCGUCAAAUUCAGUAACGGAGUUAGUUGACGCCGUUAAAAAGCCCCGCGCAAGGGCGCUCAGCGAAUCCACCAAUCGCCCCUUUCUCCGCAAAUCCGACGAACAUGAAAUCUUCGACCCCCAAACCCGCCGUAGCUCCGACGGCUCCGCACCGCCUCGUCGGCAUUCACACGCCGGCACUAGAACGUCAAUGCAGAAAAUUAGCGAGCUACCGGAGAAGGAGAAACCGCCGAAGAAGGCCACUCGUCGCUCUUUCAUGGGGAUUUUGAAAAAGGGGAAGCGCAAAAGCAGUACACAGGAUCUAGAGCCAAAUUUCAAACUAAUGGACGAAGACGACGAGAACCGGAAUGGGGAUUCCUCGGAGAGCGAGGACGAUGGAAGGCCGGACAGUGUGGAUGAUAAAGUGAGGAAGAAGGAGAUGAGGAAGGGUAUUGAUUUGGCCACCACUCUCGAACGUAUAGAGAAGAAUUUCGUGAUCACCGAUCCCAGAUUGCCUGAUAACCCCAUUAUAUUUGCGUCUGAUAGUUUCUUGGAGUUAACAGAGUACAGCCGAGAAGAAAUCUUGGGUAGAAAUUGCAGAUUCCUCCAAGGCCCGGAAACUGAUCCGGCAACUGUUAGGAAAAUAAGAGCAGCAAUCGAUAACCAAACAGAGGUCACUGUCCAGCUAAUCAACUAUACCAAAACGGGUAAAAAGUUCUGGAAUUUGUUUCACUUGCAGCCUAUGCGUGAUCAAAAGGGAGAAGUGCAGUACUUUAUUGGGGUUCAACUUGAUGGAAGCGAACACGUUGAGCCACUUCAUAAUUGCAUACCCGAGGCCACAGCAGAAGCAAGUGCCAAACUGGUGAAAGAAACUGCAGAAAAUGUUGAUGAUGCAGUCAGAGAACUACCGGAUGCUAAUGCGAAACCCGAGGACUUAUGGGAAAAUCAUUCAAAAAUUGUUCAUCCGAAGCCCCAUAGAAAGGAUAGCCCUUCAUGGAAAGCUAUUCAACAGAUUCGAGAUAGUGAGGGAGUGUUGGGCUUGAAGCAUUUUAAACCAAUAAAACCGUUAGGAUCUGGUGAUACUGGAAGUGUACAUCUGGUAGAAUUAAGUGGAACAGGGCAAUACUUCGCCAUGAAAGCAAUGGACAAGGGUGUGAUGCUGAACCGAAACAAGGUACAUCGAGCUUGCGCAGAAAGAGAAAUCCUAGAUAUGUUGGACCACCCUUUUCUUCCUGCACUGUAUGCUUCCUUUCAGACCAAAACUCAUAUAUGUUUGAUAACUGAUUACUGCCCUGGUGGAGAGCUCUUCCUUCUUCUUGACAAGCAGCCCACAAAAGUUCUGAGGGAAGAUGCUGUAAGAUUCUAUGCUGCUCAAGUCAUAGUGGCACUAGAAUAUCUUCAUUGUCAAGGUGUCAUCUACAGGGAUUUAAAACCAGAAAAUGUUUUACUUCAGAGCAAUGGGCAUAUCGCGUUGACAGAUUUUGAUUUGUCUUGCUUGACGUCUUGUAAGCCACAGCUAUUGAUUCCGGAGGUAAAUGAAAAGAAAAAGAACCAAAAAAGUCAGAAAGGCCAACAGGCUCCAAUCUUUGUGGCGGAACCAAUGCGAGCAUCAAAUUCUUUUGUUGGAACCGAGGAGUACAUAGCUCCAGAAAUCAUCACCGGUGCAGGCCAUACUAGUGCAGUUGAUUGGUGGGCUCUAGGCAUUCUCAUAUACGAAAUGGUAUAUGGGUAUACGCCGUUUAGGGGGAAGACAAGACAGAAGACUUUUGCAAACAUUCUACAGAAGGAUUUGAAGUUUCCAAGAAGUAAAGAGGUAAGUCUCCAAGCAAAGCAGUUGAUGUAUCGACUACUGCACAGAGAUCCUAAAAACCGGCUAGGAUCACGAGAAGGCGCGAAUGAAGUGAAGCAACAUCCAUUUUUCCGGGGCAUCAACUGGGCUCUUGUUCGAUGCAUGGAUCCACCUGUGCUCGAUGCCCCCAUCUUUGAUCAGAAAGAAAAUGAUAACGACGACGAUAUAGACCUGGAACUGGAUGAUCUGCAAAAGAAUGUGUUCUAAAAGGUAUUCACUUACCUUACCUUACCGUAUAAUCAAUUAUCAUUCGUGCUGGCGUGUCUCUUUGAUUUGGUGGAAGGGAUUAUAUAUAAAUCUGUGUAUGUAUAUGUAAUAGUAAUAAUAGUGAGAAUGUGUGUUUCUUCUAUUUAUAUUCUUUCACAUAGAAUUACAUAUCUAUAUAAUGUGGUCUCAACUCAACUGUUAGUAACAAUAAGCCAGGUUUGAUUGUUUGUUUUGGAUAUUUAGUAGUAUAGAUAGAGUUGUAUAUGCAUAGUGUGUCUUCAUCAUUUCCAUUUCACAGCUUCCAUUAUGGAAUAUGUUGGCUUUGCCUA